AUGGAUUCUUCAAGUUCAAGCGAUUCGUAUGAUAAAUUUGUUUUGUCAUCCUCAUCGGACGACGGGGCGAAAUUAAUAUUAUUAGUAGUGAUGAUGGUGAUGAAAGCUAUUGUUGAAGUUGAAGUUGCAGAUGAAGGGACUUCCCAACCCCAACCCAAACGGAGGAAGUAUAUUGUUCGUGAACGCGAAACCUCGAAUGAUUUGCUGGUAAGCGAUUAUUUCUCACGUGAACCAACGCAUGAUAAAAGAAUGUUUAGGCAUCGAUUUCGUAUGAGUAAGAAUUUAUUUUUAAGAGUAUCAAAGGAUUUGGAGGAUACUUAUGCUUUUUUCCGACAAAGAUCUGAUGCGCGUGGUAAUUUAGGAUUUACCACGUGGCAAAAGGUUACGACCGCCCUAAGACAAUUGGCUUAUAGCAAUAGUUCCGACAUAAUGGACGACUAUUUAAGAAUGUCGGCACGAGUGGCUAGGGAAAGUCUUCACGAUUUUUGUGUGUUUGUCAUUGAACUAUAUAUGAAAAGAUAUUUGAGAAAACCGACGUUUAGUGAUGAUAUGCAACAAAUUUUAGAACAUUACACUGAAUAUCAUGGUCUCCCUGGGAUGAUUGGUAGUUUAAACUGUAUGAAAUGGUGGUGGGAAAUUUGUCCAACUGCAUGCCAAGGCUCUCACACACGUGGAUAUCAUGGAAUGCUGGCUAUGAUGCUUAAAGUGGUUGCAUCACAAGAUCUUUGGAUCUAG